AUGAGCAAACACAACGCUCUGGGAUAUGGAGCCCCAGCUCCCGCCUCGGGCCCUGUGUUCCUGUCCGGUCAGGCAGCUGACAACGUUCUGCGGAGACACAAACGCUACAACACUGGUGUGUUUGAGGAGUUCCAGGAAGGCGACCUGGAGAAAGAGUGUAUAGAGGAAGUGUGUGACCUGGAAGAGGCCAGGGAGGUCUUUGAGAACGAUGACAAGACAAUGGAGUUCUGGGCCGGAUAUAUAGAUGGCAAUCAGUGUAAAUCAAGCCCAUGUCUGAACCAAGGGUCGUGCACAGACCACCUGGGCUUCUACACCUGCACGUGUCCGUCUGGCUUGACUGGCAGUAGGUGUGAGAUCGCUAUAUCAAAAAGGUGUGAUGUGAACAACGGAGACUGUAUGCACUUCUGUGAAUCAAUGAGACCCGUUGGAGCAAAAUGCUCGUGUGUGCGAGGAUACAGGCUGCUGCAGGACGGAGUUAACUGUGAAGCAGAAGUGGAGUUUCCAUGUGGCAGAACUGCCCUGACGGAGGUGAGUGCAGUAGUACUCUCUCGCUCUCUGUUCGGCCAUGGGAAUGCCAGCCUGCAGAACACCACAGCUCCGACCAUCAUCUCCACUACUGCAUCCCCUCCGUCAACUCCAGCCAGUACCCCGGCAACUUCUCCCUCUACAAAUAACUCUGUAAAAAUCCACUCCCGAGUGAAAUUGCCCUGGUGGGUUUUCCGUGAUGCUGAGGCCCCUGAAGAGGAGCCACCCAUACCUAUUAAACGCAUUGUAGGAGGCAAAGCGGUUAUCCCAGGCGAGAUCCCAUGGCAGGUAGCCUUGGUAGAGCGUUCUGGUGAUUUAUUCUGUGGGGGCUCCAUCCUCAGCGAUCAAUGGGUUAUCACUGCUGCUCAUUGCCUGAUGGAGGCAGAACGCUCCUUCUUCAUCAGAGUAGGAGAGCAUAACAUCAACAUCAAAGAGGGCACGGAGCAGGAUUAUGACGUGUUGGAGCAGCACGUGCAUCCCAGAUAUAAUAGCACUCUAAGCUUGUAUAACCACGACAUCGCCCUGCUGUACCUCAAAAACCCCAUCAGCUUCUCCACAACAGUCCGACCCAUCUGCAUCGGGCCCAAGGCCUUCACUGAGGCCCUGGUGAAGGGGUCUACCCCGGCCACGGUGAGCGGCUGGGGCCGGAUCCGCUUCCUCGGGUUAACGGCGGACACUUUGCAGAAGGUCCAGGUUCCCUUCACAGGCCGGACGGAGUGUAAGCGCAGCAGCAGCGCCAGGAUCACUCGCUUCAUGUUCUGCGCCGGAUACUACGACGAGGCCAAAGACUCCUGUCAGGGGGACAGUGGAGGGCCCCACACUAACAGUAUGCACGACACAUGGUUCCUCACGGGCAUUGUUAGCUGGGGGGAUGAAUGUGCAAAGCAGGGGAAAUAUGGUGUGUACACCCGGGUGUCCCUUUACUACCGCUGGAUCAACCAUGUGAUGGGGAUAACUAAACACAGGCUGGCCAGUGAUGUGGAAGACCCUGACCCUGAAAUUGAUGAAUUAUAGAUUUCAAGAAUAUGAAUUGUAAACAAAUGUUAAAAUCUCUUUUUGCUUUCUAAUGUUUUGCACACGAUAGUAGUUUGAUAACUAAAGGCAUUAAUACAUAAUUUACAUUGACUGAAGAUCCAUUAAAAUCCACCGUGCCAAUUUCAUACAAAACCAUUAUAAGGAAUACCCAGGUAAAGAAAAUGAUGCUA